AUGAGGAUCGAUUUUCCUUCAUCGUUUUCAAAGGUGGCAAAGUACCUCUUCAUAGGCUACGUCUUCCUCUCGGUCGUCUACACAGCCAAACACUUUUAUUCCUCUCAUUCCCAAAGUCCCAGCCAAGACACCAACGGCAUCUUCCCUCGUGGUCCAGACGACAAAACUGAUUUUACAAACCAACAUCCAGUAGUAGUAGCAGCAGGCCAACAACAGGAUCUGUUAAAUACACCAUCACAACAACAACAACAACAAUCAUCACAACAACAACAAGUAUCUGUUCCAUGGUCAGGAGGAGUAGGCGAUAAAGACGUUAGCCAGUCAAUGUCCGAACAAUUUUUGAUGUCAAAGGUGUUUUCUGAUGCCAUGGGUCCCUCUGAUCUCAAGCCUUAUUACUUCAAGGCACAAAAAGUGCCCGAACAAGAAGAUAUUACCAUGGCAACACUCGUCACACGCAACCGAUUCAAGGUAUUAAGUCGCCUAGCAACACACUACAAGGGCCCAAUCUCGGCAGCAGUCCAUGUUAACGAUGACGAUACAAAGGAAGAGACGAUUGAGGAACUCAGAGCUCUUUACGCGGUUAACCCCGACUUGCGCGACUAUGUUGACAUCCAUCUCAUCGUCGACAAAUUCGAUCGGCAGUUCAACAUGUGGCGAAACGUAGCCAAGUUCUUUGCCCGUACAGACUACAUCAUGAUGCUUGAUGUUGACUUCCACCUGUGCACAGACUUCCGCAAGUCGAUCCGCAACAACCCAGCCAUUAUGGACAAGCUUCGGGCCGGAAAGACCGCCCUGGUGGUGCCGGCAUUUGAGUAUCUUGUCCAGGACGACGGUCUGGACUGGCGUACUUUCCCGACCACAAAGGCCCAGCUACUCCAGGAGGUCGAGGAAGACAAAAUCGACAUGUUCCACAAGUCCUGGUUAAGAGGACACGGGUCUACAAACUACACCCAGUGGUACCAAACUCCUACAGAUAGUGCUCUGGCACAACCCUACAAGGUCGUCGAUUACAAUUUCUCUUAUGAGCCCUAUAUCAUCUACAAAAAGGAAGGCUCACCCUGGUGCGAUGAACGGUUCAUUGGGUAUGGUGCAAACAAGGCUGCCUGUCUCUAUGAAAUCUAUCUGUCUGGAAUUGAUUAUUAUGUCCUGCCGGCCGAUUUCCUGAUCCAUCAGACCCACGAGUAUCCAGAAGAGACCAGAAGAAAAGAGCGUCAAUACAAUCGUAAACUGUAUAGCAACUUUAGAGAAGAACUCUGCCUUCGUUACUCUCGCCUGUUUGUGGCUACUGGUGCAUGGGACGAACCUCUGGCAGACAACCUCAAGACAGAAUGCCAAAAGAUCCGUGGCUUCCGAUCAACAAUCAAGGGACCCACCGAAGCAUAAAUACUACUAUUCCUAUCUAUUGUAUGUAUGUGUAUGUGUAUGUAUAUGUAUAAGGCAAAUUGAGAGAGAAAAAGAUACUGGAACAUACAUACAUACAUACAUACAUACAUACGUACAUACAUACAUACUUAAUGUGCUUGGUCCUCUUCUACUGUCAAGAAUCUACACUACAAAAAGGAACCAAUAUAUAUUACAACCAAUUCUAUUCACACAACCCAAUACAACACACGCAUUACAGCAAAUCUUACACCUUGCCUCGCCACACCAUACUACACCAUACUACAAUACACUACACUACACUAAAUUGCACUACCAUACAUUAUAUUAUAUUACAUUACAAGAAACAGAAGCAGAAGCAGAUAAACUAAACGCUAUAUAUAAAAUAUUCGGUCAACAAC